AUGUUGGGAAACGUAAAAGAUCCCGCGUUUUUCCUGACUCCAAUUACAGCAGGACCCAGCCAAAAUGCUGCCUUGGCCAAUGAGCCCAUAGGACACUUGCGUGGAAGGGCCUCAAGUGAGGGCGAAGGCCGCAUUUCGGUUGUGUUGCCUUGCUUGAACGAAAGCGAGUUCACCAUCCAGACAGUCCAAAGCUUUUGCAACAGGACUCCAGCAGAGGCACUACAAGAGAUCAUUGUGGUGGACGAUGGUUCUUGGCCGCCAUUGUCCAUAGAGCUCAGCAAGCGAAUUGAGCCCCGAUGUCGCCUGCGUGUGCUCUGGCAUGAUGAUGGGCCUCGUGGCUUGAUGAUAGCCAAGCAGACAGGAAGGGAGAACUCAGAGCUUCAGUGGAAUGAAGGUGUGAAAUGUUCACAGCCAAUAUUUCGUCAUUCCGCGUACUUUUCAAUGGGUGCCGGAGCAUGUUGCAUGCAGAAGCGCUUGGAUACAUCUGUGGAUUGGAUCGGAGAUGCAUUUCCGGUGGUCAGUCCAGAUGACAACAGUCCUUGCAGCUUCGCCCCAAGAGCUGCUGAUGUUGUCGUUGGCUUGAAGGACCAUGAUAUUUUUGAUGAUUUUGCAGAGGAGGUUUCCUUUCAGAUUGCCAGUGACCGUCAACCUCAAGUGGAAGCUGCUUCCUGGCUGCCAGCCAAUUAUGAGAUCAGACCGGCAGAGCCUGACGACAUUCCUCCCAUAGCGUUGGCAGUGCACCGAAAAACGCGAGUUCCGCGACAGCUGUGCAGCUUCAGGAAGCCGUUUGGCUCAGCAGCCCAAGAGCGGCUGCACUCCUGCGUUUUCUCUCUACAAAAGCUCUCUGAAAAUGAGGCCAUUGCAAAGGUUCUUGAAGUCUUUGAAGACUAUGUGAACAUUCAUUUGGUCCAAGAGCUGUGCACCGGAGGCUCAAUAUAUGAACGUAUUCUAGAACGGCAAUACUUCACCGAGCAGGAAACUGCCGUACUUGUGAAGCACAUGUUGCAAGCCUUAGUGCCUCUACAUGCCAAUCAUAUGUACCAUGGAAGUUUGAACCCUGAAUGCUUUCGAUUUUUGAACACGUCCCCUCAUUCACCACUGAAGCUGGUGGACUUUGGACUGGAGCUGAAGGCUCAUCGAUGGGAUGCAGUGGAGCACGUCAGUGGGCCUGAUCUGCACAACCCAUCUUUGCCACACUUCUUUGAGACCUGCAAACUCGUGUUUGUAGCACCUGAAUUUGCUCCACCCCAACAACCUCGGAAAAAGAAAGAAGCCAGUAACUCACAUCUUUCAAGCAGUGGAAGUGACUUCUCCGAAGGCACUAGCACAUGGGUCCCAGAGCCUGACCAAGACAGGAGUUUGUUGGAUGAAGAACUCUUAGCGAGUGUACUAACUGAACAUGCAGAAUGGGUCGAAGAACAAAGGUUUGCUUUGGCCAGCUCCAGUGGCUACUGGACAAAGAACCAAGCCGCAGAUGUUUGGAGCAUUGGAGCUAUGGCGUUUCUGCUUCUUUGUGGCUAUCCUCCGUUUUUCGCUCCUUCACGGAAUGCAAUCCUCGCACGGAUACAUCGUGGGGAGGUGGCCUUUGAUCCCCCUUUUUGGUCCAAGAUAUCGGAGGACGCCAAGAGCUUCGUUUCAGGUUGCUUGCAGCAUUCUUUCUGGGACCGCUUUAACAUUCAAGAUGCAUUGAACCAUCCAUGGAUCCUCCGCCUUGCUGACAACUCACCGUCCGGCUCUAUGUUCGCUUCUUUCAUGCUGAAUUUGAGACGAUUUUAUCGUACUUCUCUGAUAGAGAUCUACACGGCCAGCAUCCUUGUGAAGAAGUUUCGCCAAGAAGACUUACAAGAGUUUCUGUGUCGCUGCAGGGAGAUUGACAUGUCUGGAAAUGGUUUUUUUACUGCGUCAGAUUUGAAGCAUGUUUUGACAGCGCUUGGUCAUCCUGGCAUUGCGGAAACUAUAUCCACCAGGUUCCUCCAAAUGUUUCGACACCCUGGGGAGUCCUACAUUGACUACAUGGCACUGCUGGAUUCCGUCCAUUUGCAGCAGCAACGUAGCUUUGAAGACGAGUUGUGGCGUCAUUUCCAGCGCGUGUUGCAGAGCAAUGGCCGCUGCGGCGUUGAUGGUGUUUGCAGCUGUCUUUCUCUGGAUGAUUUGGGCAUUGUUUUUGGUGAUCCCGUUAUUGUUGGCUUGCUGAUGCGAGAGAUCCCAGACGGCCCCGGGCUGGAGGAUGCAGCUGUUUGCCAUCGGCUUUUGGAGGCAGUGCGGGCAGAAUGUGCAGCCAGGGGCUCACAGCAAUUGGACUUUCGAUGUCUUUGCAGUUUAAUUCUGAAGCAGUUGAAGGACUGCCAUGUGGCACCGCGACUGGAAUGGCACAAAGAGACUCUGCGACUUCUGAAGGAGAAGUCGAGAAGACUUGUGAUUCCCAUGAUCGGUGCAUUGAACAUUGACACAUGGGAUGAAAUCCCAAACGGGGGCUUUGUCGGCAAAUGCUGGGUGAAUUUCAAUGCUGACUGGUGGUGGUAUGAUGAUGAGUCUCCAUAUUCUCCCGUGAUAAGUGGUGGACUGGUGGCCACCACUCGCAGUUGGUGGCAGGAAUCUGGAGGUUUUGACCCUGGCAUGCACGGCUGGGGUGGAGAGAAUACAGAGCAGCCGAUAAGAACUUGGUUGUGUGGAGGUGAUGUGGUUCGCGCGAGAAGCAGCGUGGUUGCGCACAUGUGGCGUACGGAGAAGGACAAACGCACAAUAGCUAGAUACAAGAUUCGCGAGAAGUAUGACAACGUGGCACGCACAGCGGCUGCAUGGUUCGAUGACUUUCUGCCAAAAUUUCGUGGCGGAAACACACCCAAUGUGGAUGUGUCCAAGACUAUCGAACUUAAAAAGCGGUUGGGCUGCAAGCCAUUCGUUUACUUUUUGCAUCGCUUUCGGAAGAUCUACCUGCAGAGCGGCAUGCUGCCGGAGAAGGUCUUCCGCAUCCGUAGCACCAGCACGGGAAAAUGCUUGCAGCGCUGGGAUCAUGGAUAUCGUUUGAUCCAUUGUGCGGCUGCUACAUGGCUUCAUCGAGGGAAUAUGAUUCCAAAAGCGUUCCCGCAUCCUGCUGCGCUUUCCCGUUUGGUGGCGCCAAGGGAGCAGGAAGCCAAGGAGACCAAUUGCGGUGGACAUCAUGUGUCUGGCGGGUGUGAUGCAUGUCCGCAAGGUCAUGGCGCAGAGUGGUGCAACGCAGACUGCCAGUGGGUUUUUGCAGUGUGCCUCUCGCGCGCAGAGGCUUCUCAGGUAGAUGCUCAAGAGCCGGAGACAUGCUGCUCGGGUGUGCGCGAGUGGAACUCUCUUGAUUGCUGGGCAGAGCUGACCGGCCAUGGUCCAGGGACGGCGUUGUGCGAUAUAACCGGCCGCAGCACGAGUCAGCAGUUUAUGUUUGAUGACGAUGGCCACAUCUGGCACAGCUCCGGGGAAUGCUUGGGCAUCAAUGGUGGGAAGCUGAAGAAGGGGCAGUGUGCCACAGCAGAGUUGCUCGUCCACAUGAGAAGCCCGUGUGAAAUCAAACACUGUCCAAGGUGACCAACAUUUGGGACGGUCUCCACAUGAAAUCGCACUUGAGCAAAACUCUCCCUCUCACACUCAGAAGCAAACACGUUUACAUGUGGCUCAUUUGUAAUUUGUGCCACUGCAUGCCACUGCUUGGCCAAUUCCCCCAGCCUUCCGAAUUAUAUAGACUUGUCGAUUCGCAGCACAUGGCGACACAAGUUUGUAUGAAAUUGUUCUAAUUGGUCGUGGAGUGCCACCAGUGCAGGAAAUGGGAGAUGGUCGAUUCCUUCGAGCCAUUUGAAACAAAAGCCUACAAGGAGGCUGUUGUCAAGUAUGGGCUUACUGCAGAUAUGCCAGACCAUUGAGGGAGUCAAAGAUUACUCCGACGACCCGUGGGGUUGGGUGGAUCAUGGAUAUAUCGAAGAUGGAGCUCUGAUGUGCUUAUUGAUUGGUGUCAUAUCUUCAAAGCAACGAAAGAGCAAAGAUCCACAUGGAAGCAGCGCCGCAG